AGAACAACAAAAUCGAAUCCCAUCAUGCUUUGCCGUGCCCGCCGACCCGAGCGCUACCGAUGCUAGGCUAACUGUCGUUAGCCACCGGGAGCGGACAUGUUGUACCGACCGUUCCUUCAAUAAUCGUCACUGUAAGCGGGGAAUCGGGAGUUAAGGAGAGGGCUCGGAGCGUUAGGCAAUCAUGGAUGCAGUUAACGCUUUUAACCACGAGUUAUUCUCAUUGAUGGACUCCAAGCCCCCAAUAUCUCGGGCAAAGAUGAUCUCCAUCACCAAAUCGGCCAUCAAAGCUAUGAAACUCUACAAACAUGUGGUCCAGAUUGUGGAAAAGUUUAUCAAAAAGUGUAAGCCUGAGUACAAGGUUGCAGGCCUGUAUGUGGUGGAUUCCAUUGUUAGGCAGUCCAGACACCAGUUUGGAGCUGACAAGGAUGUGUUUGGCCCAAGAUUCACCAAAAACAUUACAGGAACUUUUGAGAAUCUCUGCCUUUGCCCAGUAGAGGACAGGAGUAAGAUCGUUCGGGUGUUGAAUUUGUGGCAGAAAAAUGGGGUGUUCAAGAUCGAGGUUAUUCAGCCUCUCCUGGACAUGGCAGCUGGCUCAAGCAGUGCUGCUGCACCCUACACAGGCACAGAUGAGCCAGAUUCUUCCCCACCUCCAGCCAAAGAGCCAGUUACGGCAAACUCGACCACCACGACAUCUGCUGCUCAGCUGCAAAACUCUGAUGCAUUUGCUGCUGUGGCACAGCUGUUUCAGUCCUCCCAGGGUCAGCAGCUUCAACAGAUGCUCCAGAACUUUCAGCAGCAGCCGCUGAAGUCAGACACCAACACUCAGCCUCCUGUCCAUAACAUUCAAACACAGGCCCAGAACAUCACCACUGGCCUGGGCAUAGUUGCCCCUCAGCCUCCCCUGCCUGCUGAACCCACCCAGCAGAAGACAACCUUUGACAAGAAACUGCUGGACCGUUUUGACUAUGAUGACGAACCAGAAGUUGGAGAAGAAACAAAGAAGGAUGAAAUUUCAUCACAGCCCCCCUUUAUGCAGCAGCCUCCGGCCUUCCUACAGCACAUGGAGCACUUUAAACCGCAGAUGAUUAACAUGUCGCAAGAACAGGUUCCUCUCCCUCCUAAUGGCCAACCCCAGGCCUAUGGUUUACCACCAGGACAAAAUUUCCCCACUAUGAUGCCUCCUAUGGGGCAUGCUUUACCAGGGCAGCCACUCCCUGGCUCCACUGGGCCUCCAGGCUUCCCAGGGGUAUACCCUCCCCACAGUGCUGGCCAACAACAACAGGAUAUGCCAGUGGAUUUGGAUGGUUCAUCUAUGAGGGAUGGCAGACAUGGUCGGCGGUCUCACUCAGGCUCCAGGUCUCCAAAGCGGAGGAGGUCACGGUCUAAUUCCCGUACACGGCGAUCCAGGCACAGGCGAUCCCGCUCCCGAGACCGGCGCCACCAUUCCCCACGCUCUCGCUCGCAGGAGCGCAGAGAGAGAGAGAAAGAGCGAGAGCGACGGCAGAAGGGCCUCCCGCCCCCCAAGAGUGAGACACUAAGCAUUUGCAGUACAACCCUCUGGGUGGGCCAGUUGGACAAAAGAACACAACAGCAAGAUGUGGCCUGUUUACUGGAGGAGUUUGGACAGAUUGAGUCCAUCAAUAUGAUCCCUCCACGUGGUUGUGCCUAUAUUGUCAUGAUACAUAGACAAGAUGCCUUCAGGGCUCUACAAAAGCUCAGUAGAGGCUCUCACAAAGUUAACCAGAAAGCCAUUAAGAUUGCUUGGGCUUUGAACAAGGGCAUAAAGGCUGAGUUCAAACAGUACUGGGAUGUGGAACUUGGCGUCACCUACAUACCGUGGUCUAAAAUCAGAGAAGCUCAGUUGGAGGAGCUAAAAGAAGGAGGAAUGCUGGAUGUAGACACUUUAUCACCAGAGUGGAGUAGUGCACGAAAGGCUCUUGACCUCUCAGAGGAGCUGACCCACAACGGCCGUUCAGAGCCACAGCAGCCAGAAGAGACACAAGUAUUACCCGUGGCCUCUGCAGCUGCUCCUCUUGCACAGGUUCCUCCAAUGCAGCAGCCCAUGGUUGGUGUGGGUUCUCUCCAGCCUCCAGUCUUUCCUGGUCCCAUAGGCAUGCCUCCGCCUUCCUUCCCCCCAGGCGUUCCCCCUCCUCCUUUCAUCAGACCUGGCUUCAAUCCCCUGCAGAUGCCUCCAGGCUUUCCUCCUCCAGGUUCCAUGCCUCUGGGCCCCCCACCUCCUUCCAAAGCUGGAGUUGAAGACUCACCUCUAGACCCAGCAGGUCUGGGAAACAGGAAAAACGAUGAGGUCCUGGAGGGUCCCAAUGUCUUCAACAACCAGAUGGGACCUAUAGGUAACCAGGUAGGUGUACCUCCAAGUUCUGUCCCAGGUGGUCCCCCAGGUGGUCCCCCAGGAAACCUUCAACCCCCUUCUGGUGGUCUGCUUGGUGCACGGCCCGGUCUCAUCCCACUCCAGCGUCCUCCAGUUCUCCCACCUCCACACAUGCAGCGUUUCCCUCCACCCCACGGGCCACGCCCCCCUCACCCCAACAUGCCACCCAUGCCCCCACAGAUGAUGCCCAGAGGGCCGCCUCCUCAAAUGAUGCACCACGAACCCCCUGCACCUAAAGGAGGCUUUGGGAUGCUCCCUCCCCACAGCGUAAGGGGUCCUUUCCCUCCACAUGGGCAUGGCCCUCCUCAGGGUCCUCCACCACCUCCUUUUAUCAGGCCAGGAGGUCCUCGUGGCCCAGAGGGACCGGAUGAAAUGGAUGGUAGAUCAUUCAGGGGAGACAGGCCAGGAUUCAGGGACCGGGAGCCAGAGAGGGACAGAGACUGGGAUCGAGACAGGGAUAGAGAGAGGGACCGAGGUUUUGGAGGUGGAAGGCGUCCAUUUGGUGAUGGAGGGAGGGGAGGGGGUGGUGAUAGAAUAGACGGGAGAGACAGGCUCGGAGGCUGGCAGGAAGAUGGAGGUGAUCACCGGGGAGGCGGAUGGGAGAGAGACAGAGAUCGGGACAGAGACCGUGAUCGAGACAGAGAUAGACGGGACUGGAGGGAGAGGCGAAGCAGCCUGGAUAGCGACAGGGGACGCGGGAGGGGUGAUGAUGGUGAGAGGGACCGAGGGCGGGGGGAGGGAGGAGAAAGAGGAAGGGGAGAAGGAGGGAGUCGAGAAAGAGGGAGAGGAGCUGAAGGUAAAGAAGGUGACAGGCCAAGGCGGUCAGAACGGCGAGAGAGGACUACGCGGUGGGACAGAGAUGAUCGAUUGGCUGAACUGGAAAACAUGGACAGAUUUCGGACCUCUAACAGCACAGAGCAACCUUCUUUGACUCCUGUGGUCUCCACAGAAACCAGUAAAGAACCAAGUGUAGACGCUUCUCAAAAGAAAGCAGAAUCAGAACUGUUGGCUCCGCCCCCAGACAUAACUGCUGCAGCGGAGCCGAUAGCCUCUGAGCCCUUACCUUCAGCUCAGUGUGAACCCACAGAAACAAAACAGGAAGCAGCAUCAUAAACGGGCUCAUUGCUCCUGCAGCCAGAGACUGCUGUGAACCACUGCAAAAUUUAAAAAAGGUGUUUUUUUUCACAAUGAUUACCAGCCUCAAUUCCUGGCAGAUGAAUAUCUAACUCGUCACAGUUUGUCAAUUAAUUAACAGUUUCUGGGCAGUAACACAUUUCUUGAAAACAGACAUCUCCCACACAUGUGAAAAUGGUUGUUUUCAGACUUUAUCGCUUAUGCUCGAAUUAGGCUUUGCAUCCGUGUCUUGAAACACACCAACACUUGAAAAUCAGUUUGGAUGUUUGUUUGGCUGUCAAUCUGGUUAUUCUCCUCUCUGCGUGUUGUAAGAAUGUUUGCAUGUUGACUUGGAUCUGUGCAUCUGGGGUUCAUUUGAAUUUAGCUUUUAUGUUUUUACUCAAGUUGGUUUACAGUUAGCGGAAAUUAUUACACAAAUUUAUUUUUGAUUUCAUGGCCUCAUCUGUGUGAUAGCAGGCACUCCUCAACAUUUUUUUAUUUGCCAAAAUGUCAUGUCAAACACUGAAUAGUAGAAAUGCCUUUUUUUGGCUUAAAAUCUCAUCUUUUCUGUCAUGUUGUGUCUUUAUUGCAAUAUUGCAACCAUUAAGGCUUUGAAAGGACUUCGGUGACCUAAAGAUGCAAUCAAGUUCCUUGCAGGUGACCUGAGAGCAGGAUGUGGUUAAAAUAGUAAAAAAGUUAUUUCAGACAUUCUUUUGGAUGUUAGGGUAACUCUCGCCAUGAUCAUGAACUCACUGUGAUUCUGUCCUCACUUUUCAUCCUCUGAACCACACUUUUAGGUAGAAUGAAGACAAAUAUUGUCUUCAUUCUACCAGACAUUUGGUGCAGUAACUCAUGAAUCUAUAACAUGCACUUUUACUGUCCAGUGCUUGUGCUCAAAAAAAAAAAAUCCAGUCGUAAUACAUAAUUUUGUUAAAGUUUUUGAAAAGUAUGUAUUACACAGUACCAAGACUUACCCAUAGGAAUGGACAUAACACUGACUAGAAGCCUAGAAGCUUAUUCUCACAAGGUCUCUGAGUCUGACUUGAUAGUCAUAAUUCACUGUUAACAGUAAUUGCAUCUAAUUCCUUGUGGGGGGAAAAAGCAACACCACAUUCUUUGAUUGUCCUGUACUUAUUCAGAUGUCACUAUAGUAAAAAAAAAUUACAUUUUGUGUGUACAUGUAAUCAUUUUGUUAGGUUAGAAAAAUAAUGGACAAACACAAAUCAUUAACAGGACUCUUAACAGAGGACUUAAGGUUUAAUGCUGGCAUACUUGUAUUCUUUUGCUUCAUGGAUGUUAUGAUUGAUUGGCCAUAAACCAGAAAUAUCAACGUAACGUGCAAAAAUUAAGAAGGGAAAGAAAAUGCACAUUCAGGUGUAUCUUGGUAUAUCUCCUUUGGAAUAAAGGCUGCAAAGAAAUUUGAUGAUGUCAUAAAAGUUGGCUUUGUUUCAGACAUUUGAGUGAUCUAGGCUUAUUGGUAUGAAAAAAGACCCAGAUGGCCAACAUUUGUUCAAAACCUGCUGAAAAAAGAUGUUUCGUGUUUCGUUUGGUUUCUGCUAAAUAUUUUGACUGUCAUUUUUUCAAAACCAACCAUCAUAAAAGUUCAAUGGAGGUAAAAUGCUGUUAGACUUUAGGAUGUGUGUACUUAGUAAUUUUUCUGCUGUCUAAAUUUCACAUCUUUGCAUAAAUAUGUAUAUUUUUAAUUUUUAGUUAAAAAAAAUAGAACAUUUUGUAGAUCCAACAGAAGAAUAUCCAACACAAGUUUAUUUUAAAAUUAUUGUAUUCCACAAACAUUGAGGUGCCAGCUUGGAUUAUUUGAGCAUCUUGUAUAAACACGUUCCUUUGGCUGUGUGUAUGGAAGAAAGGAAGAGAGCAAUUUCUUGGAUCACACUCUGAUUUAAAUGAUUUUUGGCCACAUGAAAACAAAAUUUCACCUUUUUUUUUGUUUUUUGUUUUUUUCCAGUGUUUGAUCUUUCAAGAGUUGUAACCAUUUGAAGCCCAGACUCUGCAAACCUUACACCUUGUUCUUAAAUAAUUUUAACACAAACUCAUUUGGGGCUAAAGUCAUGAAAUUAAGAGUGUUGCUUGUGACGCACUGCUGUAAAUAUGCUUGUAUCACUGACAAUUCAAAGGUGUAAUGGUAAUUGUUGUUUAUGAUCUGUGAUUCGUUUUUCUUAGGGAAACAAAUUGACUUUGAAGGAACAACAGAGGCCCUUUGCUUUAACAUUUUUUAACUCCUAAUGGUUUGAACGUUGAAAGAUGUUUCUAUGAUUUGUUAAAAAUACAAAAGACAUGGACAUAAAAUCUUCAAUACUUCAGCCAUAGGAAAUUGUUUUUAAUAAACUAUUUUUGUACCAAAA